ACACAACAGAACAACGCUCUAAAUCUUAAAUAUCUCCUAAAAUUAUCUAGGGUUUCGCAACAACCCUGGCCUUCCACUCCCAAUAAUUAACCCUAUUUCCCCCUUCAUUUUUCUUCCAUUCUCUUAUCACGCGUUUCAAUUCGGCGUUUUUCUCCUUCAUAACUUUACCGUUUUUUGUUUUUUUAGGUUUCCAAUUGACUGGGAUUUUAGCUUAUCGAGUUUAGGUUUCUUGGUUUCGAUAGUGGUUAUUUGGGGACCCCACAAAGUUUGGGUUUUUCUUUUAUGCGUGUUUUGAUACUUGGAAUUGAUUCAGAUUUUCUUUAAUUGGUUUCUACUUUCCGGGAAAAAAAAUUGAUUUUUUUUUUGUCCCAUUCCCUUUUGAUUGAGUUGCUUUUCGUUCAAUUGGUGUUUGGUUCCUGGGAAAGUGUAGGUUUUUUUAGGGUGGGGGCUAUUGAUGGCUACCGCGGGUGAAGAAGACCUUGAGUAUGAGAGUGAUCCCGAAGAGGCUAAGAGAUCGCUAACAAUGCGGAGGAGGCGUGAGGCAAGUGAUGAUGAGGAAGGUGAAGAUGAAGGUGAAUGUGGUGGUGGUGGUGGUGGUGAUGGGAGGGAUAAGAGUGCAGAUCGCCGCCUCAUUCUUUCCGAUGAAUCGGACGGCGAGGGUGGAGUGGCCGAUUAUGAUGACGAAGAAGAAUUGGAAGAAGAAGAAGAUGGAGUUGACCAAGAGGAAGAAGAAUAUGAAGAAGAAUUAGUAGGAGGAGAGGAGGUUUGUGAGGAGAGGGGUGCGGAUGAAGGAGGUGUAAAUGGCGCAGUGGUUAUGGUAAAGGAUUCUGAUGCUGAUGUUAAAACCCCUUUGGAAGAAUCAGGGAACAGGGAUGUUGAAGAGAAGAAAGAGAGUGAACCAUUUGCGGUUCCCACUGCUGGAGCAUUUUACAUGCACGAUGACCGUUUCAGGGACAAUGCUGGUGCACGCCAUAGGAGGAUGCGUGGUGGAAGGAGACUGUGGGAGUCCAAGGAUGACAGAAAAUGGGGGCAUGAUAAGUUUGAGGAAAUUACUUUGCAGGAUAGGCACUACAAAGAGGGAAGGAGAACUUCUAAUGGUAAUUAUCGAGGUCGUGGUAAAACUCGAGGCAUUGAUCGUGGAGGAUAUGUUCGAGGUAACAGAAAAGGAUAUGAUAACAGAGGCAAUCAAACCCAGGUACCAAAGGGUGUUGUGCGAGGGAGAGGGCCCCGAAGGUAUGAGCCUACUAAUAAAAGCAGUGAUGCAACAUCCCAGAUGCAAAAUAAGCAAUCUGGGAAGCCUCUCGAGAAAACUUCACAUGUUAGUUCGAGGAGAACUUUGAUACCCAACUCUAAUUCAGAGUCUGAUCCUUUGCCUGCUAACAAACAAGUGUUUGCAUCAAAUUUGAAUUCUGCAUCUCCCCCUUUUUACCCUUCGGGCUCCUCCAACAAGGAGAUGAAUCUGACACCAAAAAGGGAUGUCCAAACUGGCGGCACAAACAGGAACAUCCGCACUGGUGUUGUGGAUAAGGGUUUUUUAGCUCAACAAAACAAUACAUUGCAUCGGGGAAAGAAUGUUGUUGAUUCUGUAGGCAUGGACAAGCUGUAUAUUGAUGAGUCCGUCACUCCAUCUGGUGGAAAACCUCUGAACUAUUUGCAUAUGCCACCACCUGGAUCUUCUGGAGUUAAUUCUUCUCAAUCUAUUCAUCCAAGGGCUUCUGGGAGGGGUGGAGGAGCAAUCCCAGUACAGAUGAAUUAUCAGCCUGCUGCUUCACAUAAUCAAGGAAAUAAAAUUGCUCAAACACAACUCCAGGCUGUUCAGAGAACUUCCGCUUCAGGGCGAACUUCAACUUAUAUGCAAACUCCUGGGCCACAGUUGGGUCAUCGACCUGGUAAUGGGUCUCAAGCUUCAUCUCCUCAGAAAACAUCUGCGGCAAUUAGUUCAUUGGAUUCUGGAGAAAUUGAUGCAGCUUCAGAAUCAGGCAAAUCCAAGGGUGCAUUGGUUGGGAAGGGAAGGGGAAGUUCCCAGGGUAGUGGAAGGGGCUCUUUUGUUUACGGUGGAGCUAUGGGGACUGCUGGAAAUAUGGGUGGUAGUCAUGGAGAUCAGAACUUCCCAGCCUUCUUGCCAGUUAUGCAAUUUGGAGGGCAGCACCCUGGAGGUAUAGGAGUUCCUGCCGUUGGCAUGGCAUUCCCUGGAUAUGUUGCUCAGCCUCAACAUGGUACUGGAAAUUCUGAAAUGACAUGGCUACCGGUUUUGGCUGGUGCUGCAGGAGCUUUAGGGGCUUCAUACUGUCCACCCUACUUCACUGUUGACGGUGCUUAUCAUACUCGACAAUCAGGACAAGCAUCUGCGACGGCUACUUCAAGCAAGGAAAAUAAUGUUAGCAAAGCUAAUAAUGAAUGGAAGCCACCAGAGAGACCUGAGCCUGUAAGUGAUGAGUUUGGACAGCGGCAGAAUAAGCCCCGCAGAUACUCAGAGAUGAAUUUUGGGCAGUGAAGUAUUACACAGGAUGCAACUUGUUUGAAUAAGAAGAUAAGGCCUUUCCUACGGGCCCUUUGUUCUCCAGUUUUUGUUCUGGAGUACUUUGGGCUGCAAUAGGUUUCAAGAUUUUUUAGGUAAUUCCAGAACUUGUAUUCUGGUUGAGAAUGUUUUUAAGUUAUUAUUCGCGGUUCGCUCAUGUUUGCUGAAAUGCACUUGUGGGAUUGCUUUGGGGUUUCCUUGGGCUCUAUAUGUUGAUGCACCUCUUCCUUUUUUCCCUCCACUCCAUGUUCUUCCUUGCAGUUAUAUAACGCCUGUUCAUGCUGUUCUCCAUUUAAAGAAGUUAUUGCAGCUUGACAGGUGGUAGUUGCUUGUGUAGUUGUGCGGUAAGGAUAAUCAUAAGUAAAAAAUGAAUUUGCCGCUGGUAUCCUUAUAAUGCUGCUGAUUAAGUUAUGAGUUGUUGGAUUCUUUGCAGGUUUUUCUUGCGUGUUGCCUUAGUGAAGCUUGUUGAAACAUAGACAGGCUCUAAUCUACAACUAUGGAAUAUGGAUAUGGGGGAAAACGAUAAUUGUUUGUGCAGCAACUGAUUGCUCGUGGAGUUGAAAAAGUUUCUCAUGUAAAUGACUUUCUGAUUCAUCUGUUAUGGACUUGGGGAUAAAUUAUUUCAAAUUUCCUUUUGUGACUGAGUGGUUUUGUUUUAAAUUUUUUGUUUCAACUAAUUGAGACUUGAGAGAUUGCUCUCUGGUUAUCAAAGGGAAGUUAGUAGUAUUGUUAUCAAGGACAAGAUUGGUUUU